AAUGUGUUUCUAUUUAAAUUAAAAAAAAUAAUCAAGGAAAAUUUAUACUAAUAAAAUUAGUUAUUAUAACCAAAAUACAAAUAAAAAUUUUAAAAAAUAUUUAUCAACGACAAGUGUUCAAAGAAAUAUUUUAGUGUAUAUGUGAAAAAAAUACCUUUAUCAGUAAACAUCCUGUCGAAUUUAUAAAUUUCUGGCGGUUUUAUUUGCCUCAAUUACUGCCAGACAAACAACCAAACAACUAACCAGCAAAAUUUGUUUUUUCCAAACAACUGUGUAUAUUGAUUUAAUUUGAGACAAUUUUAAAAAUAUAUUGUUAACAAAAUUUAAAAAAAGAAUUUAAAUGAAAUGGUAAAAAAUCCAAAAAAAAACUAAUUAAAUAUUGAAUAAAGAAAACAAAUAUUAAUUUUAAUUAAUAUAACAAAAGAACACAUAUUUUGUCAAUAACACUUGGAUAUAAAUGAACCAACAGCUGAAAAAAGUACACUUAAAUCCAACGAAUCUACUAAAUGAACUUAAUAAUGGAAAAACAUUGGAAAUAUUAUUAAAAUUAUUGAUGGUAAAAUUCAAAAUUCACAAACUUAUGUUCGUAUACAAUUUUAAUCUAAAAAUAACAUAAAAAUCCAUAUAUUUCCCAUACAAUAACAAAAACAAAAAUAUGACAAUUAACAUACGCACUGAAGUGGCAAGAGUUCCUAGAAUGGGUGAUAUAGUCAACGUGGCUGGAGGAUUUGUAAAUAAUCUAACAAAAGCCACACUACAAAUAACCAACGAUACAAUUAGUUUGCUAUACAACGAUAUCAGCAGCAAUGCAACGAAUACUAGUGCAUUAACAACAUCGAUGCAACAAGAAUCCACGUUAAGGAAUGUUUUUAAUCGAACUACCACCUCGACAACACACUCUCCUUCUACCCAAACAUUUAUGCCCACUUUAGGAAGAUCAACAAUAAAUGCUGCAUCAAUACUUUCUACAACAGCCUUGCAAUGGUUACAACAACAUCCCGAUUCACAAUUACCUGCAACAAUGAAAAUAACCGAUUCCUCAUUGGCAUUCCUCACGAAUCUAACGUAUACCGACUCGAAUGUCUUUAUACCAGCGACCGCUGGUCCCGCCAUAGAGGAUGAUGAAAUACGAUUAGAACAUGCACCACAACUAUCCAAAUCAGCAAUGAUUAAAGUCUACGUUCUCAGUAUAAUGGCCUUGUUCUCCCUUUUGGGCAACGUUUUGACAAUGUGGAAUAUAUACAAAACCCGUCUUGCACGUCGCAACUCACGUCAUAGUUGGAGCGCGAUAUAUUCGUUGAUAUUUCAUCUCUCAAUUGCAGAUGUUUUGGUUACAGGAUUUUGUAUAAUCGGUGAAGCGGCAUGGUGUUAUACCGUCCAAUGGCUGGCAAAUGACUUGACUUGUAAACUGGUGAAAUUAUUUCAAAUGUUCAGUUUGUACUUGUCAACGUAUGUUUUAGUACUAAUAGGUGUUGAUCGAUGGAUUGCAGUAAAGUAUCCCAUGAAAUCCUUAAAUAUGGCCAAGAGAUGUUAUCGUCUGUUGGGUGGAACGUAUAUACUAUCGCUGUUACUAAGUCUGCCACAGUUUUUUAUAUUUCGUGUUGCACGUGGUCCUUUUAUUGAAGAAUUUUAUCAAUGUGUAACACAUGGAUUUUAUACGGCUGAAUGGCAGGAGCAGCUUUAUGCCACAUUCACAUUAGUUUUCACAUUCCUUUUGCCAUUGUGUAUACUAUUUGGAACGUAUAUGUCAACAUUUCGCACCAUUUCAAACAGUGAAAAAAUGUUUCAAGGUUCAAAACUAGCUGGUUACACGAACAAACCAACUAGUCAAACGAAUCGUCAGAGACUUAUACAUAAAGCCAAAAUGAAAUCUCUACGUAUUUCCGUAGUAAUCAUUUUUGCUUUCCUCAUCUGUUGGACACCUUACAAUGUCAUGAUGUUGAUUUUUAUGUUCUGGAAUCCAGAUAAAAGAUUUGGUGAAGAUUUACAAUCGGCCAUAUUCUUUUUUGGAAUGUCCAAUAGCUUAGUAAAUCCGCUUAUUUAUGGUGCUUUUCAUCUGUGCCCCAUGAAGAGGAAGACUAGCAAAAAAAGCAACAACAACAAUGGAACAUACAGUUUAAAUAGAGGUGAUUCACAAAGGACACCCUCAAUGCUGACAGCGGUUACACAAGUGGAUGGCAAUGGUCGUCAAGUUCGAACAUUCAGACAGUCUAGCUAUUAUCGCAGCAUUAGUACGGGCAGUGCAUACAAAGAAAAUAUUGGAUUACUGCAAACAACAGGACCAUCAUUGUCGGCAACAGCAAUAAAUGUGCCAGCAACAACACCGUCAUUAAUAAGAAAAUCAGCAUCAAUGAAAAGUCCUCAUCCCAAUCAAAGGGCAUUGGUAACAUCUUGUCCGGGCAAUGGAGGGCCUGGUGGCAGCAGCUUACACAAGCACAAUUAUAAUCAUCGUAAGGCAAUAUCAGCUGCAGCCACUCAACAAUAUCAUAAUCAUUCAACGGAAAUCAUACAGAAUGAUAAUUCUGUGAGUAGUUGUAGUAGUGUGGGUCGCAGUGAUGACAGUAGCGAUAUAGCAUGUUUAAGCAAUGGAGAAAUUCGAGGAAAUGGUGGAGGUAAUGGUGUUGGAGCAGUAUCUGUAGUUUUAAGUUAUGAUAACCAACGGGGUGGUGUGGCAAGUAUGAAGAAUUUCUCUUCAUCUCCCCUUAAUGGUGGAGAAAAUCGUAAUUGUUUGUUAACGCAAACAUCUGUGAAUGCAAUCGGUUUACAACCACUUUUGUCCGGUAUGGACGAUAAUGUGUCGAGUGUAUGAGACCUAAAUUAUGAA